AUGGCUGCGGACGGCAAGUUCUUCGCGUACGCGUGUCUGGGCCCCAAGCAGAAGUUCGAGCCGUUUCACUACGAGCCGGCCCCGCUGGGACCCAACGACGUGCAGAUUAAAGUCACGCAUAACGGCCUGUGCCACACGGACCUGCACAUGCGUGACAAUGACUGGAACAACGCGACGUACCCGUUAGUAGCAGGCCACGAGGUGGUGGGCAUAGUGGAGCAGGUCGGCGCCAACGUCACCACGCACAAAGUCAAGCACCUGUGCGCGGAGGGCUACACGGGGCUCAUCCUCAACGGCAACAAGGGCGGCUUCCAGCCGCGCCUGCGCGCCCCCGCUGACUUCGCCAUCAAGCUGCCGGAUGGGUUGGAUUCUGUCGAUGCCGUUCCCCUCAUGUGCGCCGGCAUCACGGUCUACAGUCCCCUACGCGCGCACAUCACCCGUCCGGGCAUGAAAGUGGGCGUGAUCGGCGUCGGCGGGCUGGGCCAUCUCGCUUUACAGAUCGCGCGGGCCAUGGGGGCACACGUGACUGCCUUCUCCACCUCGCCCAGCAAGGAGGAGGAGGCCAAGAGAAUGGGCGCGUAG